GUGUCUGUUCUCUGCGUCUUUGAGGUCCUGAUCGCGCGGGAGACGCACACACCACUACAGCAUCCAUAACUGCGACAUAACAGAUCAGUCGCGAUGUCUGACGAAGGGAAGCUGUUUAUCGGCGGUCUGAGUUUCGAUACCACCGAACAGUCGCUAGAGGACGCGUUCUCCAAAUAUGGUGUUAUCACCAACGUUCAUGUGGCCCGAAACCGAGAAACCAACCGGUCCAGAGGAUUCGGCUUCGUUACCUUUGAGAAUCCCGAUGAUGCAAAAGAUGCACUUGAAGGAAUGAAUGGAAAGUCUGUUGAUGGCCGGACGAUUCGUGUGGAUGAAGCUGGUAAGGGUGGCGGUGGCGGCGGACGAUCGGGUGGCGGAUCCUAUAGAGGUGGUGGAGGAGGAGGAGGAAGAGGUGGCGGUGGAGGAUUCUUCAGAGGGGGUCGAGGAAGAGGAGGCCCGAGAGGUGGUGGCGGUUAUGGAGGCGGUGACCGCGGUUACGGAGGGGACCGUAGCUAUGGCAGCGGAGGAGGUUACAAAAGUGGAGGUGGAGGCGGGUACUCUUCCGGAGGGGGCGGCGGCUACAGCCGAGACCGGGGUUCAGGUUAUGGUGAUCGGGGCGGGUCUUACAGAGAUGGCUAUGAUAGUUAUGCUGCUCAAGACUAAACCCAAGACGCGACACAUCACUGGCUGAACUUUCUAAAGACUGUGCUGUAGCUGGCUCUCUCUCUCUCUCUCUCUCUCUCUCUCUCUCUCUCUCUCUCUCUCUCUCUCUCUCUCUCUCUCUCUCUCUCUCUCUCUCUCUCUCUCUCUCUCUCUCUCUCUCUCUGUGUGUGUUUUUCUUUUAUAUAUCAAGUACUCUUGAGGGGGGAAAAGGCCAUUUAUCUUCAUUGGCUGUGAAUGUUAUCAUGUUACUUGGAAGAGAAUCUGCUCAAUGAGCCUCAUUUAAACCUUUAAAAACGUAAAAUGUGCGAAUGCUGACCAAACCUUGUGUCUGCUGCUGUUGGUAUCGGUCCUGCAGAGAUUUAAUUUGCUUUUAUGGGGAGUGAAGAGUAUCUUUGGUGUGAUUUAACCUCUUUUUAGGCUCUUUUUGUAUUUUGUCAUUUUAUUUGUAAGCAUCUGAUACAAGUACUAGUUCUCUGCACCAGCACGGUGCACGUUACGUCAGCGGAGAGGCUGUUCUUUUGAAAUGAAUGGCUCCUUUUAAUAGCUGUAAGGAAAUCUAUUGUCCAUGUUCAGUUCCCAAAAAUGAAUUCCUUGCAGACUGGUGACGGCUGCGCAGCUGGAGUGGGCAGACACUGGUGCAGAUGUGCUAAUUCUUGCUCCGCCUGAGGUAUCUGUCUCUGCUCCACGCCUGCAUUUUAAAAACUGUUGUUAUAAUGGACUCUUGACAAAAUCCAUUAAUCACUUACUUGAAGGAGAAGCAGAAAUGGUUAACAGUACACUCCAAAACUUGGAGGAAAACUUGCUCUUGUGUUUGUAUCUAAAUUUGACUUUUUGUUCUUUUGUUUGCUGGAGCUCAUUAAAUGAAACGAUUUGUUCAAA